AUGCUUGGUAAAAGAGCCGUAAGGCAACUGUUGAUUUUACAAUUUCAGUUAAUUGUAAGAUAAAUAGAUAAUCAAGUUAUUCUGGUGAAUAAUACGGAGAAAUUACAGUCUCAACUUUCGCAACACUCUUAAUCUGUUUCCUAACAAGUAGUAGUCUUAAUGACGUGUUCUUCUUUCGUAGGUAACAGCAGCCAAUGGUAAUCGAGCAUUGACAUUAUUGAUUGCAGUAAUGGCGACCAUUAUAUCAGUCUUUACAGUUCCUGUUAUGACUACAUGGUUGAUACCAGCAUUUCAGACUGCCAGUGUUAGUAGCCUAACUAUAUUACACAGAGUGGCUUUGUAUAUCCUUUUACCUUUGAUUGUAAGUAUCAUGCACAGGAAAAAUGCGACUGAACUUUAAGCUUAUAGUCGCGUAUUUGUGAUGAAAGCUAUUCAAAAACCUGAAAUAUUCUUACAUGGCCGGUGCGUCGUUAAAGGGGGCUCCGGGGGAGGUUAGUCCGCAAAUUGUUUUAUCCCAGUCGUCAAAACAUAAAUUGGAUAGGAAGGAACGAAAUAUCAGAGUAAAAAUUCUGAAAAGUCAAACUUCUACCUAAAACGGUUUCUACCUAAUCCCCCCCCCCCCCAUCUCCCUCUCGACAAGAAUUCCGAGAAAAUUUGUGUUUACAGUAUUGCCUAGAAAUAAGUUAACACUGCGCUUCGGUUGUGGUUCGUGUGGUUUUCGGUCGUUGUUCGUGCGGUUGCGGUUCGUGCGGUUUUUUCACCGACCGCAGUUCCGGUUUCAUAUCGUGAAAAAAUUAGGAUCGGUAGGUCGGAAAUAAUUUUUUUUUUGAAUAUUUUUUUCAUGGUUUUGGCGGGUUUUUUUGCUGGGAGAAUUGCAGUAGAGUCCCGACAUCAAUAUUAACUUGAGAUACAUAUUUCCUAUGGACGAAUUUAGGCAAUUUUGUUCAAUAAUUAGUGUGACAACAGACGCCAUUUUGGCACGCUGUAUGAGCAGCCCGCAACCACCUGGAGAAAAUAGGGUCGCACAGUCAUUCGCGUUGAAAAAAUAAUAGGGUCGGCAGAAAAAAAUAGGGUCGAUCGGGAACCGGAACCACAGGUAUAUUUUUUUUACGCCCUAUGUAAAACAUUCUGUAUGGUAUUCCGGCACCCGUGAUAUGAAUUUCACUGUAUGUGGGUUAUAAGUAAUAUAUAAGUUAUUUUUCAUCAUCAAAUAAACAAAAUUGCUGUAAUGUUAUACUCAAUUCAGCCGGCAAAAAUAUGAUAGCAAAUGUUUUACUAUCAAAUAAUUAUAAUGUUUUACUGCCAAGUAAUGUUUUCCCAGUGAAUUUAUUAAGCUACCAAACUAUCAGCACUAUCAAUGAUAAACGGGUUUAGCGGAUUGAUAUGAAUUUUGUCCACUUAUAUGUUUAAUUAAUUAAUUUAAUAUUGAGUGAUAAAUAUUCUGUAAUCUUUGUGUGAUAAUUGACAUUGAAUGAUAAUUUUCCUCGCGCAAGCUUUAAUGUUACGUUUAUGGCACAGAUCAUGCACGGUAAUUUGAAUCUGGAUAAAGUUGCUAUAUGAGUUUGAUACCUGAUACGCAUAUAAAAUAUAAUUCAUCCGGGAAAUUACACAAAGAAAUUGAAACAAAGCUCGAUCGAGUACUGAGAAAUUAGGCAUGCAUUUUAUCAAUAACUUACAACGCCUUGGAAAAUCGACUUACUCGCGCUUUUACUGAUUCAAGUAUUGUUUAAACUCGAACAGAUAUACAUCAGAUUGGUAAUUUGUUUCCAUCACAGAAGGCUUUUGUGCGGGUUCUUCAAUAUGGAUCACAUAUGUUGUACCGUUCCAUAUAGCCUACAAGUACAAGCAGUAUAUACCAGCGGCUAUACUGUAGGUAAAUAAUGCGUCAUUUCGGUCGUACUGAUUACCGACAAAAGCCGACAAAAAGGCAGACAAAUACCGACAACAGCCGACAAAAAGGCAAACAAAUACCGACAAUAAGCAAACAAAAACCGCAAAAGGCCAACAAAAUGAAUCUACAACAAUUAAUAUGCAAAAUGGCAAAUAUUUGGGUUAAAAACUCUCGAUUUCCACCAAAUAGCUGGAUUAAAAGCUGUAAGGCUUCAAAUACUGCCAUCCUGGUAAAAGUCAGACAAUAUAUACCGUAUAUCAGUAUAAACAAUUAUUUCUUAGCAAAGUAUUCUUACCUUUCACAAUAGUACAAUACUGUACAUUUUGACUUGUGCUUAUACCUUCGUGUAUGUAUAUUAUCAAGACCAUCAGCAAAGGAAUUAACCUAGCUCGUAUAAUAAUGGAGGGGCUGAUUACAUGGAGAACUUUCAACCCUGGGGUUGAACUCAGCCCUGUUAACCGGGUUGAAAUUUUUUGCGAUUACAUGGACGAUUUCAACCCCGGGGUUGAAACACUAUACUAUACGUUCUCGGCAUCGAUUCCUGGAAAUAAAAAGCCUUUAUUUUGUAGUCUUGUAAUAAAUAGUCACUACCACGUAUGCUCAAAUAACUCAUGAUAAUUUCAGCCCUGGGUUGAAACGAUUACAUGACAAAAUUUUCAACCCAGGGCUGAGUUCAACCCCGGUGUUGAAAUUUCAACCAUGCUAGCUGAAGCAGGGUUGAAAUUUCAACCCCAUUUCAACUCCGGGGUUGAACUCAGCCCUGGGUUGAAAAUUUUGUCAUGUAAUCGCGCGUUUGAUAGAGUUUUGUAUUACAGACAGGGCUGAAAUUUCAACCCGGUAAACAGGGCUGAGUUCAACCCCGAGGUUGAAAAUGCUCCAUGUAGUCGGCCCCUAAGAGCAAACCCAGAAAUCUAGUUAAAGAGUAAAGAAGAUGGUUUAAGAAAAUUUAUUUUAAAAUGAGUUUGCGAUAUAAGACACGUGUUAGUAUAGCCACGCGAAUGUUGGCGUACUUCGAAAUAGAUAAAAGCACGUUUACAUGCAUUCAAGGGACGAAGUUUAUUAAAAGACAGUAUCGGUGGCUAUGCACUGCCGGAUAGAAGGGGUUGCAGUUAUGAUAGACUACGAAGAACAGGAAUAUCAGACUAACAUGCAGGCUACAAUAAUAAGUAAGAGGUUUUUCAAUAUAUUAUUCAUAGUUGCUUUCGUUUAUAAUUAUAAUUUUUUAAAUGCAUGUAUAAUAUAGCUCGAUAUAAUUGAGGAUUGAGUAAUAAGAUAGACACAAUACGUCUUCAAGAAUACAAAGCUUUCCCAUUGUAUUGCUUUCCAACCUUCUGAAUGCAUUUAAAAUCGCAAAAAUCUUGCUGAUUCUGAUUUUUAAAAUACAGUAUUUGCACUCGGAUUCCUCCGUGAAUUGCUUAAAGCCUCAUUUCGCCCACACAACCGCGGUUGAAUCGCGGUGUAACCGCGGGCGAUCAGAGGUUCAACUGCGGGCGAACCGCGGUUAACCCGAGGUCGAACCGAGGUCGGCCCGAUGUCGAUCAUAGGAUGUCCCGCGGUUAACCACGGUUUUGUCAACUUAUUUCUAGGCAGUACUGUACGUAGCAGAAAUGACUCGGCAAAAUUUCACUUACACUCCACCAAGAAAAUGACGACGCCCCUUUUUUUGCGGGAUUCGUCUCAAAAUUACUUUGUUUUAGCUUUAUUUUUUAGUUUACUCAUUUAGCGACAUUUUUAAAUGUAUCACUAAAUAUUAUGAAACACUAAAUAUUAGUUUAAUAUUGUCAAUUUAAAUACAAUUAUCAUUGCUGUAAUAUUGACGUCAUAUUUACACAACAACAUAAGCAGAAUUAACUUACUGAACUCCAGAUAUCAUUUUCUCUUUGGUCUACCAUCUAAAGUCUCUUCAUUUUAAAAUAAUUUUACAGAUAAAGCGCUAAACAUACUUUUUCAAUUUGUUUCCGGCUUGAGAAACGUAUAAAAAGUUGAUUAUAGUCAUAACAAAAGUAGUUCAUUAGUUUUGAGCGCGUGUUACGUGAAAUACAAAAGAUUUUUCUCUUAAAGGUUUUAUUUGUUUUUAUAUUCAGCAUUAUAUUUUGUUACUUGGAUGAAUUUGUCUUGCUAAUACUACUACUAGCUAUAUAGUUUGUAUUUUAAAAUGCUUACGAAACAACAUGUCGAUGACCGACAGAGAGAAAACAACACAACUUUAAACAGACAUUUAAUUAACCACUAUGUAUGAGUGGUAUACAAAAAUAGAUAAAUAUUACAGAAUUUCUCAUUCAUUCACUUUGACACCAAGCCACCAACACACCAGCCAAUUUACGAUGAAAAUGUUUGGCAUAAUAUAGAAAUUUGGUUCAUCCUCGUUUGUAUCAGUCAUGGAUAGUACCCAGAAUGUGUAUCUGCUCUGACCUACUUCAUUAUUCUAUUCAUAAACACAUUGCAUAUCAUAUUUCUUCAGGUUGGACGACUUUUAAGAUUUAUUGGAUUGGUAAAAAAGGUUGUUACCAAACUAUAUACAUCUCUGAAGUUUGUUACUUCUGGGGCUCUCCUUGUUAUGUUUUGGGUGAAAAUUAGUCAAGCAACGGCGAAAGGGGACCUUCAAAAAUUUUCACCUUGGAUCGUUGUGGCUGUAACAGCUCUUGGUACAGCUGUGAUUGCGUCAUUUCUUGUUUCUACCUUCAUACUUGCUUCUCUACUACGGCUACCUAAGAAGUCAAAACUGGCUGUUACAGUGCUUUCAUCGGCAAGAAAUUCCAGCAUAGCAAUUACUGUUAUUGAGAAUUUACCAGACAGUGUUGGGGACAAAGAUCUUAUGUUUUUCCCCAUAGUAUUUGUAUAUUUAGCUAUGAUUGUUAUUAUCAAUAGUUUUGGUUAUUUUAUGACAAUCAAGAAAGAUGAAAAUGACAUUGAAGACAAACCACUAAAUAAUAAUCAAGAAAAUGAACUCACGAAAGACGACCGUGACAUUUUGUUGUUGCUGAAGCCUUCGGAGUCAAAAUUUGUUGAUAGUGCAGACAAACAGAUUUUAGUUGAAAAUCCGUUGGAACAGAUAACAUCACAUGACAUACCAGGUACAGGGGACUGCAAUACGUCACGAACAGUACAGCGGUGUACGUCUGUGUAAAGUUGAUCUUGCAACUUUACUACAAGAUCCACCUGGCCGGCGCCUAUCAUAUUAUCAGCUGUAUUUCAGUACACUUACAGUAUAUAACCAUCAUGUUUCGCUCGCUA